GUUGGUUCCUCAUUCGUUGUUCGACCUUGGCGGUGAAUCAUACGAACAUCACAUGACAGGUAAGUCCAAAUUUUUCAUAGCAUUUUACAAAAAUGAAGUAUACGUGGUGGAUAUAUACUUAUACAAAACUUGCGUAUACCUUUACAAGCUCACAUUUCAAGUGUUUGAUUAUGAAGUGUUUCACUUUGCAACAUAUAUCCAACGAUAUUAAAUUUUCUGGUGUUGUUUAAUUUAAACUAUAAUAUUACUGAAUAAAUGCAAUUGUCUGACUGUGUACUUGCGCAAAUGUUCGAUGUUUCCUCUGUCGUUCUAUCCAACCGCUUUCGCAGAUUUUGGAAAAAUGUUUAGCGUUAUCUAGCUUCCAUAUGGCGAUAUGCGUGCUUGCCUGGGCGCUGGAGAUUAGUCGACAAGUCCAAGUUUAGAGAAAUGCCGAAUUGGCAAAUUUUAAUUAUAUCAUCAUGGUAAUCGUUCGAACUUAAUGUAAAUUCGGAGCUAUAUAUGGUGGUUACAUUGGUCAAUUUAGCUCAUGAUGAAACAAUGAACACAUGCAGGUUCAGCUACAGUCUGGAGAUUAUUAUAACCGAUACAAGUCCCAACAGGUUCCUAUAGUAUAUAUAUAUUAUAUAUUCAGUCAGGCUACUAAACCUCUUCAAAUGGUUGCGUUGGUUUUGUCGACAGUUUUGUAACUAAGCUCGUUUUGUACGGUAUAUGUAUAUUGACGAGUGCCUCGAUUCGGAUUCUAGUUACUUCAAGGGCAAGAACGCACUCACCGACUGGUCCGACUCCUAGCUUUGUCUAAACAAGAUACCCUCAGGGAAAAUAAAGGAAAUGUGCGAUUAAUUCGUGAAAUAGGUCAUGCUAGUGAGUUUUUUACAGUAGCUCGCAUUUUAACUGAGCAUUCCCGAGGACUAUAAUCUAUAUAGUGCUGCGAUUUUUAAUUUUCACAAACCCAUGCAACUGCGCAAGCACGCAAGCAGUGGUAAAGCCAGAAACAACGUACAACGUGGCACGUUUCGAAACAGCAUUGCCUAAGGUAGUAUACUUUAGAAGCAUAUGUAGAAAUGUAUACUUUUGAUAUUGAACGCGGAUUCUAUUUACAGAAGUGUGAUAACGUAUGAUCUAAAUGACUAAAUGUGCAGCAUGACUUUAGGUGUUUGAGUUGUUACAAUCUAAGUUAUUCUAGGUACUAUUAAAACUCCUUUGUCAGGAAUGGUGUGCUUUGCAUAAUUUGUUCUUGUAAGACUUGUGAAAUUGAGAUGCAGUUCUUGUGUUGUAAUCCAAUUAAUGGUGAAUUUCGUCACUAAUUUCGUCAACUUGGGUAACCUUUCAAAAUGAAACCAUAAUUAGGUGCUGCGAAUUCUGAACGCUCAAUUGUCUCAAUUUGUCAUCUCAACCGUGUCAGGAAAUAAAAACAACGAUCACAUAUUCAGCAAAGCUAAAGUCCAUUUCAAUGUUUUUUUACUUCAAUCUUGCUGUUGACACUGUAAACUAUCGUACUUAUAGUUUCAUUUUAAGGUUUCGAAUUUCGAUUUCCAAUUCGAUUAUGAUGAAAGUGCAAGAAAAUAUUAUGAAUAUUAUGCAAGAAAAUAUACGUAAGCGAUAAGAGUUUAUUGAUAUUAUAUGAUUUGUACACGUGCUUGAAUUGGAUUAAUUAUAAUUAUUCAGGAAGUCCACAAGUUGUGCAACAUGUGCAAAAUCAGUUUUAUUUUUGUUUGCCCGUGAAAUAGCUUGAUCGCAGCCCGAAUUCAGGCUGCACGCAGCUAGGCGCUAUUUAUAAAACUGUUGGCAUAAAUGUCUUUCAAGCAUGACACAAUAUCUAUUUAUUAAUUCUUGUUGCACAUACAGGAAAUAGAAAAGCAAAGUUUUAUAUAUUUUUCAAACGGAUGUAUAAUGGUACAAUUAACGUUUGUUUAUAUUCAGUCUGUUUUCGUUACGCGGCUAAUCUUAUCUAGAAUAUAAAUUUCUCACGAAUUGCAGAUAGCAAGCAGGGGGCGUAUUGUGUUUUAGAUGUUCAUUGACCUGUGAUGUCUUGUGACUGAUUUAGAAUGCAGUUUGAAAAAGGGCAAUCGCAUUAGAUUGAGGAAAUUGAGGAAAGCGCGUGACUCAUGCAUGAUUUACAAUCUUUGUCAAAUGUGACAGGCUAGUCCCACAGAGCUCUAUUACGGGUAACCAUAAACUAACAAGUACAAAAGAUAUUGUUUACGAAUUUAUACUGACAACGCAAUGAGGUUACGUUCUGAGGUUACAAUCCGCAAUCUAACUAUAAACCCUAUAUUAAAUUACUUUCAGACGUAGCAGCACUCCAGACAUAACCUUUUUAUGCAUGCCUUUUUAAAAGCUUACCUUUUCAACACAAUUUUGAAUUUUAUCGGAUAUUAAAAUACCAGAAACGCUUGCUAUCACGACUGGAGGGUAACUGUCGAGCCGAGAGCACCUUAAUGGUUUCAAGUUAGUCUUAAGCGCCGUUUACACUACGCUCAAUUUUUGGUACGGCACGGAUAAAAUUGGUACCCGUACCACUUUUUUGGUUCUUAGACUACCUAUUUAGCUAAGCCCCGUUUAUACUACGCUCAAUUUUUGGUACCGUACCACCUUUUGGUUCUCGGACUACCUAAAUAGGUAGUCCAAGAACCAAAAAAGUGGUACGGGUACCAAUUUUAUCCGUGCCGUACCAAAAAUUGAGCGUAGUGUAAACGGGGCUUUAGAUUCUUAGUGCUAUAUCUACGUUACUUAUUGUACAUAUACUGAGGGAGGCGGCGAAGACGUUGUCGUUGGGGGAGGACUUUUAAAUGAUUUUUAAAAUUACGUUUUACUUUACCUAAAAUCUGUGUUUGAACUAUAGUGUGGUUUUUUCAUGAGUACAGGGGGAUAUAUUUAAUAGGGGGUUGGGGUAAUGCUCCCCCGAGAACAUUUUUAAUAUUUUGACCCACAGAAAGCCCGAAUAUGCAAGUAAAAUUUUGCUUUAAUUUAAUUAAUUUGUUACGUAGACAAAAUACAAUACAAAUGAGACGUAUAACGAAUGACAAAACAAAUGUGUGACAGGAGACAGUCACAGGACAAAGUCCCACUGCCCCCCCCCCCCACAGAAGAGAAAAGCAAUUAAAUUAAAAUACAAAGCUUAAGUUCACUUUUGACUUUAGAGCUUGCUUUCACUUUUAACUUUCACGUUUCCCUGUCAAUGCUGUUAUAAUGUUUGUGAAAAUCAGUUCAAGUCACCUCUAAAUUUACCUGGAAUUACUUGUGAACAAAUGUCCGGGGAGGGAGGGGAGGGGUAUACUCCACACCCAGUGUUCCUAACGUGAAGUAACUAUAUUUAGGAAACCGCAGACUAAACGAUUUGUAGCAUUCAGUGGUAGCCAUGCCUGCAUGGUAUAGAGCAUGAUACGAAUUGACAUUGUCACUGUUUUGUACGAAAUGGCAAACAAUUAAAGUUUAGUAGUUUUUCUAUAGAUUCAUUAAUUGAAAAGUGCAUGUCAUUAAGGAUUCUAUAAUUAAGUUUCAAUUUAAUGUAAAAUCGAACCUUUGUGGCAUCAACGUUUUGCACUACGUUUCAAAUUUGAGUCCUCUGUCCCAUUGCUGGUAAUUAUAGCCGCGAAAGCAUGCCUAAUUUUAAUAAUUUUUUUAUCACUGCCCAAUUUUGUGCACCUAAAAAUUUCUGAACACACUCUUAUAAUAAUGUGUAACCACAAACUUUGUCUACCUAUUUCACAUAACUACAAUUCAUAUUCAACAUACACUGCUCAGCACCCAGGGUUUCCCAGGGAAAUUUGGGGGCCCAGGGCAAAAUUUGACUUGGAGCCCCUCGUGAUUGAGUGUGAUUUCAUCUUGAAACACUAUGAUUGGGGUCGGAAUUCUCCUCGGGAAAAUUUUUAAAUCUGAGGUCCCAGAAAUGGCCAAAUCCUGCAUUCUGGAAGUCUAGUUGACAGUUAUCAGUAUCUAUAUAUUUCACUGUAAUUCUUUAUUUGCCCCCCCCCCCCAGCCCUUUAACUUGUACCCCAGGGCAAAUUGCCUCCUCCACUCCUCUGGGCGGCCUUGACAGCACCUGAAGUUACGACUAUCUAUGACAACAUAGUAUCAUAGUAUCAUAGUAUCAUAAUCACAUGCUUGCAGGAAAGAAAUAUUUCCGUCUUAGCAAAUGAAAGGCAGCUUAGGCGUGACAAACCUCUAGAGGGGUUCCCGGGGAUGCACCAAUAGAAAAUUUUGUAAUCUAGACUCUCUGAAAGGGCAUUCCCUGCAAUCUGCAGGACAUUCUAUAGAAUUCUUCAGCAAUUACGGAAAGUACAUUCACUCCAUCUUCCAAGCUCAUAGAGAUCUUUGGUAGGAUACUUUCUUCAUCUGAUGAACCUUAAGUAUAAUAUUAGUGCGGACGUUCGAUAAUUUGGCAGUUAUCAAUUUCAAUUUCAUUCUAAUUAUUCGUAUUCAAAAUGUUUUGAUUAAUACUAUCAAGUGGCAAGACUAAUUUUUAGUUCAGUUUUUUUAUUCAUUGCCUCAUUUUCCUGUUUAAAAUUAACAACUUAUCACAGCAAAUUUUAUCACUGCACAUUUUACUUUUAUCACUGCACAAAUUGGUUGUCACUGCACACUAAAAUUAGAUAUGCGCGAAAGACAUGAAAUGCACCUCAUUUCCAAACUUUAGGAGUCGGGUAUUAUUAAUUGGGACGAAAGUCCUGUUCCUCAUCGCAGUCGCGUACGUUGUCUUGGAACAUGUUAUUUAUAUCAGCAUGAGUGUCGGUGUCGGUGUCGGUGUCGGUGUCGGUGUCGGAGUCGGUGUCAGUAAUUGUUUUAUAAAAUAACUACGUAUACAGUUUAACAAUGGUCAAGUUACAGUAAUUCACUCUCUGUAGUUAUUGUAAACCUUUGUUCACUGUUUUGGUGAACUUGCCGCUCGGUUAAUAUACUGUUAUUGUUUAUUUCACGCAUUGAAAUGUUUUCGUUCUCCGACAUUUUGAAAACCCCGCGGAAGGCAUUUAAAUUUUCCGUGCAGGAUAGUCUCAUCCUGCACGGGUAUUGACCAAUCAGAUUGCGUGUUUCACUUAUAUGAUACGCAACACUUUAUAGAGAAAGAUAGGAGUAACAUGGAUCAUUUUGUGCAAUUUGCCGUUGUUUUCCACCUAGUUAUCUGCGGAGGAUUCUGUGUGUGAUUUUUAAUGUGAUAAUCUUAAUUGUAUAAAAAAGUCUUUAAAAUCGUGUUGUUUAGCAAUGAAGAUGCUUUGGCUUUUGGUCUCCAUCCUGGUGCUUCAUCAAGCGGUGGCAAUGGAAAGAACUAAAGAACCAGUCAAAAUAAUGAGUGAGCUCAUUCGACCGGUAUUUGGCGAUAAG